UGGCACAGCCCCUGCCAUGGAUGAAGGAGGUUCCCGCAUCCGCCGGCGGGUGUCUGUCCGCAAAAGGAACCGUUCAAGCCUAGGGUGCGUCUUUAUCACCCCCACCGGGGCCGAGGCCGAGCCCCAGGCCGGAGAGGAGGAGAGAGAUGAGGAGGAAAUGGUUGCUGAGAGCCGGCGGCGGAAAACCGUGGGCGAGCUGCAGGUCGAGCAUAAUGACAGUGAAGAGGACAUGUUUGGUGACUAUGAUAGCUUUACUGAAAACUCCUUUUUAGCGCAAGUUGAUGAUCUGGAACAAAAAUAUAUGCAACUUCCUGAACAUAGGGAACAUGCUACAAAAUUUGCUACUGAAGAUCUUUGUUCAGAAAACAUCACAAACAAACUCAGCAUUGCUCCUGUAGGACCCUUUACAGAACUAAAAACUGAUAACCACACAGAUAACCAGAGUGGGCAUGAAGAUAUCACUACUGAACCUGAAGCUGAUCUUUUAUAUGAUGUGCCUUCUUCACAAAUUUUAUACUGGGAAAAUUUGCAGAACUCUUCAAAUGAUUUGGGCGAUCACUCUACUAAAGAGAGAAAUUGGAAUUCAUCCUCUCACAAGACUGUGAAUGAGGAAUUGCCCCGUAAUCUCGUAGAGCAACCCCAGCAAAAUGAUGAUUCAUCAACUAAAGUCAGAACUAGUUCAGAUAUAAAUAGAAGAAGCAGCAUUAAAGAUCAUCUAAAAAGUGCCAUGACUGGAAAUGCCACAGCCCAAACACCAAUAUUUUCUAGGAGUAAGCAGCUCAAAGAGUCUCUCCUAUCCGAAGAAAUUAAUGUUGCUAAGAAAACAAUUGAGUCAUCAUCAAAUGACCUUGGUCCAUUUUAUUCAUUACCUAGCAAAGUGAGAGACCUUUAUAUUCAACUCAAAGGAAUUGAAAAAUUAUAUGAAUGGCAGCAUACUUGUUUAACGUUGAAUUCUGUGCAAGAAAGAAAAAAUUUAAUAUAUUCUUUGCCAACAAGUGGUGGAAAAACCCUUGUGGCUGAGAUUUUAAUGCUGCAAGAGCUGCUCUGCCGGCGGAAAGAUGUUUUAAUGAUCCUUCCAUAUGUGGCAAUUGUCCAAGAAAAGAUUUCAGGUUUAUCAAGUUUUGGUAUAGAACUUGGUUUCUUUGUUGAAGAAUAUGCUGGAAGCAAAGGAAGAUUUCCUCCAACUAAAAGAAGGGAAAAGAAAUCACUAUAUAUUGCCACUAUUGAAAAAGGACAUAGCUUGGUGAACUCCUUGAUUGAAACUGACAGGAUCAGCAGUCUGGGUCUGGUUGUUGUAGAUGAGUUGCAUAUGAUUGGUGAAGGAAGCCGUGGAGCGAUACUGGAAAUGACGCUAGCAAAAAUCCUCUACACUAGCACAACAACUCAGGUCAUUGGUAUGAGUGCAACAUUAAACAAUGUUGAAGAUCUACAGGAUUUCCUUCAUGCAGAAUAUUACACCAGUCAAUUCAGACCAGUUGAAUUAAAAGAAUAUCUGAAAAUAAAUGAUACAAUAUAUGAAGUUGACAGCAAAGCUGAGAAUGGCAUGACUUUUUCACGCCUCCUUGAUUAUACGUAUUCUGAUACCCUGAAAAAGAUGGAUCCUGAUCACUUAGUCGCAUUGGUGACAGAAGUUAUUCCCAAUUAUUCCUGUUUGGUUUUUUGUCCCACUAAGAAGAACUGUGAAAACAUAGCAGAAAUGAUAUGCAAAUUUUUAAGCAAGGCCUAUCUGAAACACAGGGAGAAAGAGAAAAAUGAGGUGAUUAAGAACCUGAAGAAUAUGAGCAGUGGCAAUUUGUGUCCUGUUCUAAAACACACCAUCCCCUUUGGAGUGGCUUAUCAUCAUAGUGGUUUAACAAGUGAUGAAAGGAAGCUCUUGGAGGAGGCGUACUCCACGGGGGUUCUCUGCCUUUUUACCUGCACUUCCACCCUCGCGGCAGGCGUCAACCUGCCAGCUCGAAGAGUUAUUUUAAGAGCUCCCUAUGUUGCUAAGGAAUUUUUAAAGAGGAAUCGAUAUAAACAGAUGAUUGGCAGAGCUGGUCGUGCUGGCAUAGAUACUAUUGGGGAAAGUAUCCUUAUUUUGCAAGAGAAAGACAAACAACAGGUAUUGGAGUUAAUAACUGGACCUUUGGAAAACUGUUACAGCCAUCUUGUUCAGGAAUUCACCAAGGGAAUUCAAACUUUGUUUCUCUCUUUGGUUGGCUUGAAGAUUGCAACAAAUCUUGGUCACAUCUAUAAGUUUAUGAAUGGUACAUUUUUUGGUGUUCAGCAAAAGACUUUAUUGAAAGAAAAAAGUCUCUGGGAAAUAACAGUUGAAUCACUGAGCUACCUGACAGAAAAAGGGCUCCUACAAAAAGACACAAUUUGUAAAUCUGAAGAAGAGGCCCAAUGUAAUUUUCAUAUUACAAAGUUGGGACGAGCUUCUUUUAAGGGAUCUAUAGAUUUAGCUUAUUGUAACAUUCUCUAUAGAGACUUAAAGAAGGGUCUCGAAGGACUUGUGCUUGAAAGCCUACUUCAUCUAAUCUACCUGACAACCCCCUAUGAUCUGGUUGCUCAGUGUGAACCUAAUUGGAUGAUCUACUUCAGGCAGUUUAGCCAACUCAGUCCAGCAGAACAAAAUGUAGCUGCUCUUCUUGGAGUCUCUGAAAGCUUUAUUGGGAAGAAAGCAUCAGGUCAAGCCAUCAGGAAGAAGGUGGACAAGGACAUUGUCAACAGACUUUACCUGUCUUUUGUUCUUUAUACCUUGCUUAAAGAGACCAACAUUUGGACUGUGUCUGAAAAAUUUAAUAUGCCCCGAGGAUAUAUACAAAAUCUUCUCACUGGAGCUGCCUCAUUCUCAUCUUGUGUGUUACAUUUCUGCGAGGAACUUGAGGAGUUUUGGGUUUAUAGAGCCCUGUUGGUAGAACUUACCAAGAAGCUAACUUACUGUGUAAAGGCAGAACUAAUCCCUCUUAUGGAAGUGACUGGAGUUUUAGAGGGUCGAGCAAAGCAGUUAUACAAUGCAGGUUACAAAAGCCUAACGCACUUAGCUAAUGCAGAUCCUGAAGUGCUGAUAAGGACAGUUGAUCACUUAUCAAGGCGCCAGGCCAAGCAAAUUAUUUCGUCAGCAAAGAUGCUGUUGCAUGAAAAAGCAGAGGCUUUGCAGGAAGAAGUCGAAGAGUUAUUGAAAUUGCCCUCCGACCUUCCUGGUGCUGUGGCUUCUCCCGUUGAAAAGGCAUGAAGCUAUCUGAUGAGCAUUUUCAAAUAUGAAUUAUUUAUUGCACAUAUGUCUUAUUCAAGAUUCCUUAUACUUUAUAAAUUGAAAAAUAUAUAUUUUAAUUAUACAUUAA